UGGUGUUACCAAGGCGACUGCGUGCCGUUCGGACACCGCCCAGAGGCGGUGGAUGGCGGCUGGGGACCGUGGUCCGACUGGAGUGCGUGCACGCGGACAUGCGGGAUCGGGGUCUCUUUCUCGGAACGACACUGCAACGAGACUGCCCCGGCCCAUGGAGGGAAAUACUGUGUCGGGGAGAGGAAAAGAUAUCGAACCUGCAACACCAUGGAUUGUCCCCUGAAUUCCCGAGACUUCCGAGAAGUGCAGUGUGCCGAACACAACGACCUUCCCUUCCGCGGGAAGAGCUACGAGUGGAAACCAUAUACUGAAGGUGUUGACCCCUGUGCCCUGACCUGCCUGGCCGUCGGUUAUAACUUCUAUACGGAGCGGAGAGCGAAGGUCGUGGACGGGACCCGCUGUUCCAACGACCCCUUGUCAUUUGAUAUCUGCAUCAACGGAGAAUGUCGG